UUGAUUUGUGAAUAUGAUUUACGUUAAAAGAAAGAUUUGUAUUUUCAUUUACUGUUCAUAAUUGUACAGCAAUUGAUGAUUUUACUUGCAGUUUAUUCAAGAAAAAAAAAACAUUGUUUUGACGAUUUGAAGAACUACGCCUUAAAUAUAUCAAAAUAAACAAAAGCAUUACAAAGAAACAAUUGAACUGAAUUGAAGUAGCCCUGGAAAUGAGUGGAGAAGAAUUGGACGCGGAGAAGAUUGAAGAGUUGAAGGAAGUGUUUAACAGUCAUGACCCAGAAGGACAGGGAAUGGUGAAGAGUGGUGAGCUGGGUGAGAUGUUCCAGCAGCUGGGUCUGGAACUGUUUCCGGAAGAAGUAGAAGACAUAACUGUGGAGAUUGACAAGAACUCCGAUGGUGUGUUUGACUUUGCGGAGUUUGAGGCGCUCUACUCGAAGUUGACCAAACCUAUGACUGAAGAUGACGUCAUGCAGGCGUUCAAGUUUUUCGACAAGGAGAAGUUGGGGUUCAUCUGGGCUGAAGACCUCAAGAAUAUUUUGAUGACAAUUGGGGACAAGAUGACGGAAAAAGAGGCAGACGAGUUGAUCAAAACUGCCGACAUGAACUAUGACGGAAAGAUACAGUACAUCAACUUCGUAGGACUCAUGGCCUCAGAACUCGGAACCACGUGACCCGACCAUGUGAUCUUGUUAUCUUUAUGUGACAAAUUAAACUCGUUAUCUUUACAAUACCUUUUGAAAAUGACCAAAAUAUCUUCAAAAACUAAAUGCCAACGUCAUGCCAUAAAAUAAACCGAAAGGUUUUUCUAUUAUCAUAAUCCAAUUGAUCUUUCAAUUAAUACCAUUUCAAUUAGAAUUCAUUGUGAAGCUUUCGGAUGUUUGAAAUACGAAAGUGGUUUUUAAUUUUCAGAUUUCCCAGCAAAAUAAAA